AUGCCGCCCACCAACGGCGAGGGGGGCUCCCAGCAGCCGCAACAACAGCAGCAGCAGCAACAGCAGCAACAACAACAACAACAGCAGCAGCAGCAGCAGCAGCAGGGUGGCAGCGGUUCCAGUGACUUUGUGCGCAAACUCUACAAGAUGCUCGAGGACCCCUCGUACCACUCGGUUGUACGAUGGAGCGAUGAUGGCGACAGCUUUGUGGUCUUGGAGAACGAAAAGUUCACCAAGACCAUCCUUCCGAAACACUUCAAGCACAGCAACUUUGCGAGCUUCGUCCGCCAAUUGAACAAGUAUGACUUUCACAAAGUCAGGCAUAACGAUGAGAACGGCGAGUCGCCGUACGGGAGAGAUGCUUGGGAGUUCAAGCAUCCCGAAUUUAGGGCGGACCGAAAAGACAACCUCGACAACAUUCGGAGGAAAGCCCCAGCGCCCCGGAAGCAGCAACAGUCCGAGGAAGCUUUCAACGCUUCACAGCAGCAGAUUGCCGCCCUGAGCGAGUCGCUCCAGGCGACGCAGCAACAGCUGCAGGCACUACAACAACAGUGCUACGAGCUAGAGAAGACCAACCGGUUGCUAGUCAGCGAAGUCAUGACCCUUCAGAAGAUGGUCAAGGCUCAGAACCAGGCCUCCAACGAAAUCAUCAACCAUCUCGGCAGCAUGGAGGACAGGAGGAGAAACAACCGCGGUGCAACCCAGGCGGCCCCCAACUUCCAUGCGGGUGCGAUGAGUUUCUUGACCGACGGUGCAGAGGAGCCGGCGCCCGAACUGAGGCGUGCCCGGGAGCUACUCAGCGUUGUUGGGCCAGAUCUCCAGGCUAACAGGGAGCUCGAACGGUUGUACAUGACAUACAACCAGAACGGCGCUCCUGCCGAGCCAGCGGCGACAAAUUCAUCCGCUGUUAUGUUCACACAGGCAGCAGCACCAGGCACGCAAGCCACUGCGCCAGGGAUGCCGCUCGUCCACAACCCGCUUAACGAUCCGCAAAACAUGAUGUACCCCGUGGCCCAGACGCCGAGUAUCGAUCCCUCGUUUCAUACUGACCAGAUGCACAACAUGCCGUAUAGUCGGCCUUUGAGCAAUCCGGCUGUUGUGGCAGAGACGAGCUCGUCGCAGAUUACCCCGUCGCAGAUCACGCCGCCGCCCAAGGACCAGAUGAGCUCGAUGUGGCGCGAUAAGAAGCCGCGGGUGUUGUUAGUUGAGGACGACAAGACGUGUGCUCGGAUUGGCGCCAAGUUUUUGAGCACUCUGGACUGCGGCGUCGACACUGCUGGCGAUGGUCUCGAGGCCGUCGAGAGGAUCAACCAGGACAGCACCCGGUUUGAUCUCAUUUUCAUGGAUAUCAUCAUGCCCAACAUGGACGGCGUGUCAGCCACGGCCAUGAUUCGUAUGGUGUCACCGCAUGUGCCGAUCAUUGCCAUGACAUCGAACAUUCGCGGAGAGGACAUCAAUACCUAUUUCCAAUACGGCAUGAACGACGUCCUCGCCAAGCCUUUCACUCGCGACAACAUGAGCCGUCUCCUGCGCAGGCACCUCGCUCACUUGCUCAAGGAUCCCCAAUCCGCCGCCUCCACGGGCAUCGUUCUAACAACAGAUGACUUGACUCUGGCAGGCCAGACCGCCGGCCCCGCAACAACAGGUGUCGGCGUCGGCGUGGCCGGAGCACCGUCUGGUGGUGCCCACGGCCCCGGCCCCCCGGCCCAGCACCAGCAGGGCUACGCCAUGGCCCCGCCUACAACCAUGCAGCCUGCCCCGCCGCAAGUCAAGUUCGAGCAGUCCCCCACAGCUGCUCCCGCGCCCGGCCUCGACCCCUCCUCAGCCGCUGCCGCUCCGACCUGGCAGUCCACUAACCCGGCUGGCGUCCAGCUCCAGCCCCCUCCUCCGCCUACGCCCACCCAGCCUUCCCCCACAUCAGCUGCCCCUCCUGCGGGGCUUGAUCCCGCCUCGGCGGUGGCUGCUGCUGCUGCUGCUGCUGCUGCCGCCGCUGCCGCUGCUGCGAGCAUGACGCCGGGAGGGUACCUCGCUGCGGCGCCGCCUCCUCCUCCUCCGCCAGGAGCGAUGGUCUUGACGCCGGCGGGAACGCCGACGGGUGUUGGGCAUCCGGCUCCCUCAGGAGCAGGUUCGGCUGCUGGGGCGAGGGGGCCCCCGGGUCCGGGUCCGGUGGGGCCGGGUAGUGUGGUGGAUGAUAGUAGGCCGGAGAAGAGGCAAAGGUUGAUGCAAGGGGGUUAUGCGUCUGUGUCGGGGCAUGGGCAUGGGCAUCCGGGGGUUGGGGUGGCGGGAUUUGUGCAGUAG